AAAUAACGUGCCGUAAAAACAAACAGCGAUCAUAUAAUCUUGUUUAAAAAGCUAACAAAAUAAUUUUUUGUCAGCUCGCCAAAUAUAGCAAGUGCAGCGAAGUGUUUUACGAGGGACUCAUUCUAAAUAUUUUUUUUACGCAAGACGUGAAAAUAAAACAUAAAAUAUAUAUCUUGUUAAUGUAUAUUAAAACAAACUGAGACCGACGGAAGCAGAAGGUGCCGUGUGCAGCGGCGAGCGUGUAUAGUAAAGACUCGUGCUGAAAAGCAAGGGCGGCAAAAGUAAAGUAAAUCGAAUAUUAUUUCAAAGAAGCCCUUUUACCCGCACGGCUAAAAAAUGUUCGCGGUUAUGCAAAUCGACAACGAUUCGCGCGCGCACGACUUCGGUCGCCGCAAGGUUCGGCCCAAGUGCGAGUUCGUGUGCCGCUACUGCCAGCGCCGCUUUACCAAGCCCUACAACCUGAUGAUACACGAGCGCACGCACAAGUCGCCUGAGCUCGCCUUCUCCUGCGAGGUCUGCGGCAAAUCCUUCAAACGCCAGGAUAACUACCGCCAGCACAGACACAAUUGCAAGAGUUUUAACGUAAUGCUCAUAAAGUGUCGUGUUUAUAGCAGAGAAGUCAACGAAUUGUACAAUGGCAAAAUAAUGCCGAUACAAGAUGCCGAAUAUGAGGUUCACGUGUGGAGGCUUGAAUAG